GCGUUAGGUUAUGUCAGAACACAAAAACAAAACAGAAGGAUUUUAUUGAUAGGAAGAGUGAGAGAGAUGCUUUUAUAACUGAAUAUUUGAAUAUUAAUAUUCAUACGUGUGCACAGCAGGUAUGGAGAGAAAGAACCAAGUUUGUAGACUUCUAGUGAUCGGCAGGUCAGGUGUGGGUGUGACGUCAUCCAUGGACUCGCUGAUGUCACGCAACAGCCACAAGAAAUUAGUCCGUGACGUGGUAGUCCGCGAGGACCUCUACCUCUCUGCCAUCGACUGCUCAGGUUUUGCUGACGCCGGGGAUGACUGCAGACUCCCUGAGGACACCCUGCGAGCGACUCUGGACGACGUCAUGAAAAGGGUCAACGGGUUUCAUAUUCUGGUGUAUGUCCUGCAAUACGGUGUCCGCUUCACUUUGCAGGAGCAAGAGGCUAUACAAAAAGUCAAGAGCUUCUUUGGUAACGACGUCUUCAGGAAAAAAGGAAUUAUUCUAAUGUCUUACGGAGACAACUUCGAAUUGGAAAAUGAGGGUGUGUCGUUUUUAGAGUGGUGCUGCCGUCAGACCGGAAAUGUCAAGGCCGUGUUUGAGGAAUGCCAGUACAGGGUCGUGCUCUUCAACAACAAGGUCAAGGGCUAUGAAAAACGGAUGGAGCAGAGGCGAUGUCUGAUAGAGAAUGUGAACUCGCUGAUUUCGAUGAAUCGAGGAUCGGGCAACAUCGAUGAGAUUCCGAUUGAGGUUUCCGAACAGUUUGGGUCGGCGAGCCUGAAUGGCUCGGGGGAUUUCCGUCCCCAGAGUAGGGCCGGGCAAGCUAGUUAUGACGUCAUCCUGAACUUGACGGAAAGUCUGAAAGAGGUCAAGGCCCAACAACGUCGACAUUUCCGGUGGCUGUGUGCUGGAUUGUGGGUUGUUAUUUUAGGUGUGGUGGCUCUCAUUAUUUUAAUAGUGUUGAUUAAAAUACAUUUCUAAAACGUAUCGGUCAAUUUAGCCUCUCUACCAUUGCUUCUUGUGACGUGUAGUUACAAAUGACCACCCCUUUCAUUACAAUUGCUACGUAACAUUAACUAAAUUGGUACUCUUGGGUCAAUAUAAAUGGAUACAAGCUGAGAAAGACGGACUUAAUUUAGCUUCUUGAUUGGGUGAUGAUUGCUAAAAAAAACAAAUUCCCGAAUGGACAAUUUCCCUAAUGGGUUCUUGCUCAAAUGAACGAUUUUGUGGAUGCCCUAUUUUCCGACAAAUCUAUUUGAUCGAAAAAAUACUAUUGCUGUAAAAUAUUAUUAUAUUUAGUUAAAUGUUUAAAUCUUGUAAACUGAAAUUUAUUUGUUAUUUCAACGGGUAACAGAAAAAUUACACAGAGAGAGAGAGAGAGAGAGAGAGAGAGAGAGAGAGAGAUAUUAUGAGAAAGAAGGAUUACUAAAGUUUUCACUUUUUAUUUCAGAGCAUUUAGAAAUUUUUAUUUUUUGUAUAUUUAAGAUAAAAUGUUUUACCUUACAUAAAUAGUAUAACGUAAACCAUUCUAGAUAGAUUGGUGAUUUUACUAUUACAAUGACAUGACAUUUGCUUAUAAUACUCAAAAAAAAAAAAUAGAAAAUAAGCAUUGUUGAAAAUGUUUGCAUGAAAUACAAAACACAAAUA